AUGCCUCGGGGGAAGUCCUCUCGUCGUUCCCAGGCCGCUCGGAGGAGAAUGGUGGAGCGGCAGCCGCUGAACAUCGAUACUGUACCGCCUGCCAGUCCUGAACGCCGUGGUACAGGUUACCGCCAUGCUGUUCAGGAAUGGCCAAUUUCAGCUUUGACUGGUCGUCGCCACAAGCUGGUCUUACCUGCUGAGUCACCCGCAGGGAAUAAGUUUCUUCUUGUGGUCGGGGACUCCCAUCUACGAAGCCUUGUAGAUGGAUUUGUCAAGAUGCCAGAGGGACGGCUGUCCUUUGGCUUCAUGUCAACCCCGGGGGCCUCUGCGACUGAGUUGAGGACGGAGUUACUGAAUGGUACUGUAACUCCGACACCCGACCUGGUCUGCCUGUUGGCCCCUAGCAACAACCUGACUGCCAGCAGGACCUUUGGCGAGGCAGGUGUGGACUUUGCCAAGCUUUUGCACAGUGCCUGCAACCUCUUCCCUGAGGUUGUGGUCCUGGACUUUCCUCCACACUUGACUGCUGAUGCAGAUCAUCAGAAGUUGAUGCGGGAGGAGUUCCAUCGUGUGGCAGCUCGAAUGGGUGUCAAGUACUUGUCCACUGCAGAGCACUUCCCUCUGGACUGCCCUGGGAUUUGGACUUCACCGCCACGAUUCUGUCCACGAAUCUUUUUGAAGGGGGAGGUCAUCAUGCCUCGUCGCUCCAACCCCUUCGAAUGGACAGUUGUGGGACAGGGCAAGAAGACGCACCAGCCGGAGGAGGUUGAGCAGGAGUGUUCCAUCCCGCUAAACCCAGUCUGGUUUAGCAGUGCCGUGAUGGAUGCGAUGGAUGCAGUUGUUCCAUCACAUCUGUCCAGCCCUGUGAAGAGCAGUGAUGCAAAACGCACUAAGCGCUAA